GUGGGAAGAAGAGGGAGGGUGAGGAAGAGGCGGCAGCGGAUGAACACACGCACACCCCACGCAUGGUGUGCACGCACCCUUUUACUGAUUCAGCACACCAGAUUUAAACUGGCCACCUCGUCUUUCUGCAGCACAGCGUGCACACACAAGACAAUACUCGGAUUACUAGCUGUGUGACACAGCGCCGGACCGAGCCGAGACGAGACGAGACGAGACGAGCCGAGGGGCGGGAAUGGAAAUGAUGGCGAAAUUAAAACGCCACACCGAACGCGUCAAAGCAGGACCUGCAGCGGAACCGCUUUGCAAUUAAGAGAGGCAAACAAAUCCGCUCGUUUGUGCUUGUUUACCUCCACACGGAGAGCAAGAUGUCCUUCACAAAUGGGAUUGAUGCGCAGGACUGAUCGUUGCCAUGGAUACCAGCACGCGAAAAUUCACAGUGCGGAGAUGGUUUUCCAUCUACCUGAAGAACAAGGCCGCCAGGAACAAGAACACAACGGGUUUCUGUCAUCUUGAGGAUGAAAGCAUACUAAAGGAGAUUGACAUCAGCCACCAUGUUAAGGAGGGUUUUGAGAAAGCAGACCCCUCUCAGUUCCAGUUGCUUAAAGUGCUUGGACAGGGAUCCUAUGGGAAGGUGUUUCUGGUGAGAAAGAUCAGAGGAGUGGACAGAGGUCAACUGUACGCAAUGAAAGUACUGAAGAAAGCAACACUCAAAGUCAGGGAUCGUGUGCGAUCCAAGAUGGAAAGAGACAUUUUGGCAGAGGUCAACCACCCAUUCAUAGUCAAACUACACUAUGCCUUCCAGACAGAAGGGAAGCUCUAUCUAAUCCUAGACUUUCUCCGAGGGGGAGACCUUUUCACUCGUCUGUCAAAAGAGGUAAUGUUCACAGAAGAAGAUGUGAAAUUUUACCUUGCAGAGUUGGCACUGGCCUUGGACCAUUUACACAGUUUGGGAAUCAUCUACAGGGACCUCAAACCUGAAAAUAUUCUUCUGGAUGAAGAAGGACAUAUAAAGAUAACUGACUUUGGCUUGAGUAAGGAAGCCAUUGACCAUGAUAAGAGAGCAUAUUCUUUCUGUGGAACGAUAGAGUAUAUGGCUCCAGAGGUGGUCAACAGGAGGGGUCAUACACAAAGUGCAGACUGGUGGUCUUUUGGGGUGCUGAUGUUUGAGAUGUUGACAGGUUCAUUACCGUUUCAAGGAAAAGAUCGUAAAGAAACAAUGGCCCUUAUUCUAAAGGCCAAAUUGGGAAUGCCGCAAUUCCUUAGUCCAGAGGUGCAGAGUCUAUUAAGAGCACUCUUCAAGAGGAACCCCGCUAACCGUCUCGGUGCAGGACCAGAUGGAGUGGAAGAAAUAAAAAGUCACUGUUUCUUUGCAUCGAUCAGCUGGAAUAAGCUGUAUAGGAAGGAAAUUAGGCCGCCGUUCAAACCAACAGUUGGAAGACCUGAGGAUACUUUUCACUUUGACCCGGAAUUCACCUCUAGAACACCCACUGACUCUCCUGGCAUACCACCCAGUGCAAACACACACCAGCUGUUCCGUGGUUUCAGUUUUGUUGCCACAAAUCAAAAUCAGGAGCACAGUGUGACCAGUGUUCUACCUUCUCACCAGGAGGGGAACACCAUAAUCCCAGUGGCACAGCAUCUCCGUGGUGAUGUGGCCUUCAGUGACGUUUAUGAGCUAAAGGAGGACGUUGGACAGCCAGCCAACUCAGUCUACAGGAGAUGUCUUCACAGAGUUACUGCAGUGGAGUAUUCAGUGAAGAUCAUUGACAAAGCAAGGAAAGAUCCAUCUGAAGAGGUUGAGAUCCUGUUAAGAUAUGGACAGCAUCCUAAUAUCAUUACACUAAAAGACGUGUUUGAUGAUGGCCACUGUGUGUACCUGGUUCAGGAUUUAUUGAGAGGAGGCGAGCUGCUGGACCGAGUAUUGACGGUGCCAAAUUUCAUAGAGAAAGACGCAUCAGACAUCAUCUGCACACUGGCCAAGACUGUGGAAUAUUUACACUCCCAGGGGGUUGUGCAUCGGGACCUGAAACCCAGCAACAUUCGCUACUCUGAUGACAGAGGACUCUCAGAAUGCCUCAAAAUAUGUGAUUUUGGUUUUGCCAAACAGCUGAGGGCUGAAAAUGGCUUACUGAUGACCCCUUGUUACACAGCAACAUUCAUGGCACCAGAGGUUCUGAAGAAGCAAGGUUAUGAUGCUGCAUGUGACAUUUGGAGCUUGGGGAUCCUGCUUUACACCAUCAUCGCUGGUUUCAGUCCAUUUGCCAGCUGUCCUGAUGACUCAGCAGAGGAAAUUCUGGCUCAAAUCGGCUGUGGGAAAUUCAUCAUCAGUGGCGGUAAUUGGGACCUGGUGUCAGACGCUGCCAAGGACAUUGUGACUAAGAUGCUCCAUGUGGACCCCCACCAGCGCCUGACUGCUCCACAGAUCCUUCGCCAUCCCUGGAUUGUCGAGAGAGACCAGCUCUCUGACAGAGUCCUCACGAGACAAGAUGUGCUCACUGUCAAGGGGGCGCUGUCCGCCACCUAUUCGGCUUUGAGGCGCUGUGCUCCAACCCCAGUCCUGGAGCCUGUACAGUCCUCUGGCCUCGCCCAGCGUCGAGAAAUGAAGAAAGUUGGGAGCGUUGUCAUCGAUUCAGACCUAAAAGAAAAGGGUUAGAUGAUAGAAACGAACACUAUUAAUAAUUAGAGAGGAUAACUGUUCUUCACGCUUGCCUCUGGAAUUGGAUAUCCUGGUUCCUAAAGUUGCAGUGGCCUUUGUCAGAUCCACUGGUUCUCUCUCAGUUGUCAUUACAAAAGUACGCUCUUAGGUACACUUUCUACAAGAGCUGUGCCAUCUGAUUUUGAUUGAUUAGUUUAACAGUAGAUUUAUUGUGGUGAGCACGUUGAACUGCAAUACAUCAUAAUGAGAGAGGUGUCUAAUAUUUUGGCUACACAUAAUGCAGGAUCUCCUGAUACGUGCAUCUGUGCCUAAUAAAGUGUCCAAUAAGUGUAAUACAGUGGAACCUCGGUUUUCUUCAUUAAGCCGUUCCAAUAGGUAAGACAACAACAGAAACGUAUAGGAGAUAACGACAUACGAAGUAACGUAGAUCCAAUGAAUCAGUUCCAAACACUCACUCUGGGGCGAAUUAUAGCGACACCGUAGGUAAACAAACCUUUUAUGAGACCUUUUGCGGAUAUAGUCGGGUGGACGUAGAAGUCCAAGGUGUUUUGUGAGUGACAAUGGGUGAGGGAAUCACCCAUUGAGACCGAGCAGCUGAGAGAUGGGCCGGGCGGCAUUGGAGUUAGCUCGCUCGCUAAUUUGCCGGCAUUGUUUCAUAGGUCCAUUUGGCAGAUGUGCAGUCUCCAGCACCAAAUGCAAGCCAGACUCGACAGCUAGCAGGUAAAUUGUAGAAAACAAGCGCCCAACUAGUCAAAAAGCCAUCAACUUUAAGUUAAUUUUGCUCUCUGACUGUCUGUGGCGGGUUAUUUUGAAGUUUCAUUAAAAAAAAAAUCACCAACGCAUAACGCAUAGAGUGCUUUGACACCGAGGAUAUAGUACAGGGGGAACGGACUAGUUUGUGACGUGCGAUGUUGUAUGAUAACUGAGAUAGUGUACGAAAACCAGGGCAAAAACCGGACAAACGUUUUUGGCAACAAACAAAACAUGAAAACUGGGGCGUUCGAAAACCGAGGUUCCAUUGUAUCAGUGUUCUAGUAAAUUUAAAAUGAUUGGUUAGCAAAUAUUUUAGUCAUGGGUUCAUCAUUUUGACACUGGAAAAACAGUAUUAAAAUGCACAUUUUCAACAUUACAUCCUGUAACCUGUAGACUUUAGAGCAGUGUGAAGGUUUUACCCUUGUUUGGUCAUACAUCGCUCAAUAUUAAACCUGUAGUGAGAUACAGUAUGUUCUUCAUCAGAAAGUAUUGAUCAAGUAGCCAGAAUUGGUUAAAAAAAAAAUAGUCCGCUUCCAUCUCAU